AACAUUAUUAAUACCAUCGUUACUGAUACACCUUAUUCAACAUUAUUUUUAAACCUCCUACCAAGCGACCCCUAAGAAUGUUUUAUUUGAAGUAACUUCAAAUCAUAUACUUGACCUCAUUCUUGUAAAAAAAAUUUGUUUGUUGAGAAGGUAAACUUGUUAAAGAAAUUAGUCACAUUUCUUCCCUUUUGCAUAUAAAACUACGGAUAUCAAAGAGUUUUUGGUGUUUUAUUUUGUUCAAGGUUAUUAGUCCUGUUUGAUUUUGCUCUACAACUCUACAGUUUUCUUUCAUAUUUACUCUCUUAAAAUUUAAGAAGGCGCCGGUAAUUUAACUACCAGGUUGAGGACUACCUAGCAGCCCGCGGAUGGAUAGGGUGGGGGAAGCGCGAAGGGGAUGGAUGUCUGAGCGGUUGAAAGAGUCAGUCUUGAAAAUCAAAGUAUUUAUAGAAUACCGGGGGUUCAAAUCCCUCUCCAUCCGCGAGAUCAUAAGUUGGUCUCUUGAGUUAUAUAUAGAUAAGAAGAUAUUGGGUCGACUGGACUGAUAUGAUAGAUGGAAUGGUAGACUGAAGUUGUUACUUAUUUUCAGUUAAGGAACAAAAAUUCACUUGAUACUCUGUAAGGGUGAUAUGCAAAGCAGGCAACAAAAUCCAUCUUUGUUGGACCAAAAUAUGCUCUUAAUUACUUGUAAAUGUUCCCUGACCAAAUGCUUUGAUUGCUGAAGCUAAUAGUUUAAAAACUUAUCUUUCUUGGACUGAAAUAGGCUCUCUUAUUUGGAAUGGACAUAUUCAAGAAUAUAAGUUAUCAUACCCUUAGGAAUGAUAUACUAAGGAAUCAGAGAAAAGUUGCUGAAUACUACAAAAAACAAGAAAGGCUGCUUGAAGGAUUCAAUGAGAUGGACACAAUUAAUGAAUGUGGUUACUUACCUGGAAAUCUAACUGAGGAUGAAUUGAAGCAACAUGCUAAGAGCGAAAGGAUGGCUAUUCUUGUGUCAAACAUAGCAAAUAUGGCUCUUUUCAUUGCUAAAAUCUAUGCUUCUAUUGACAGCAGAUCACUGGCUGUAAUUGCGUCUACCUUAGACUCCCUAUUAGACCUCUUAGCUGGAUUUAUUCUGUGGUUCACUUCUCAUGCAAUGAAAACGCCAAACCAAUACUGUUAUCCAAUUGGAAAGAAGAGAAUGCAGCCAGUGGGUAUAGUUGUUUUUGCAUCCGUAAUGGCGACCCUGGGAUUACAAAUAUUGUUCGAGUCUGGUAAAGAACUCAUAACUAAGUCUCGUCCUGAUAUGGACCCUGAGAAGGAAAAAUGGAUGAUCGGAAUUAUGGUUUCUGUCACUGUGGUCAAGUUUAUGCUUCUGAUCUACUGCCGAAGAUUCAAAAAUGAAAUUGUAAGGGCCUAUGCUCAAGACCAUUUCUUUGAUGUCAUUACCAACUCAAUCGGGUUAGCGGCAGCAGUCUUAGCCAUCCAUUUCUAUUGGUGGAUUGAUCCUACUGGAGCUAUAAUUAUAGCACUUUACACAAUGAGCACAUGGGCAAAGACAGUGAUGGAAAAUGUGUGGUCACUUAUUGGAAGAACAGCUCCACCCGAAUUUCUAGCAAAGUUAACAUAUCUUAUAUGGAAUCACCAUGAAAGGAUCAAACACAUUGAUACUGUUAGAGCAUAUAAUUUUGGCAUACAAUAUUUUGUGGAGGUUGAUAUAGUGCUGCCGGAGGACAUGUUCCUGAACCAGGCACAUAAUAUUGGUGAAACGCUGCAGGAAAAAUUGGAGCAACUUGUUGAAGUUGAGCGUGCUUUCGUCCAUGUAGAUUUUGACAUAACUCAUAGGCUGGAACAUAAGUCUAUGAUCAAAUGACGUCAAAUUGACAUAUAAUUUUUAGAAUGACGGCCGCUUAAUUCCUGUUUAAUUAUACCAUUGUAUUUCCUAUUUGUUACUCUCUAUAUUGGAUCAGAUGAGCUUUAUCAUC